AUAUCUGUAUUUGGAAGAGUCAGGCUCAAAUUGGCUCUGCCCGCUCAAUCACACCUUGUAAUGAACGCAACGGCGUCACCGCAGAGACCAAACCGACCGGACCUCAUUCCUCUUUUUCUGGUUCGUGACGUGGCGCAAUCCAUGGCCCCAACGAAACCUGCGCAACAAUUUCAGCUUCAAGGCUGCAGAGGAUAGCUCCAUUACGCAUGUGGGGCCGCUUUGUUUUUCUGAUCACAGAUCGGAGCGCACGGCCUCAGAACCAGAGGAUGCCGCUGAGGCGCAACAAUCAGCCAAGACCAAGGGAUAAAGUUUGAUCCCUGCGUACAACAGAGCAAACGAAGAAGAAAAAGAAAAACAAAAAAAUAGGUGAGUCAUCUCGAUCGAUGUGCAUAAGAGGGUCAAUAAUCAGAGUAAGACAAUCCUCCUGAAGUCUCCAGCCUCUCCCUGAAAUCCAGUGCAAACAUGAGGGACAGACUAAGCCACCUGCAGGAAAUGUCCACCGACAGCAUUGAGUCGGAGUGCGCCGAGUCCGGCUUUUCGGACACCUUCAGUAACAUCGACCUGGAAGAGGAGCUGCCCCAUCAGGCCGUCGUGUUUGACAACAGCCCUGCUCUCACCGAUGUCUUUGCUCAGUCCCAGGAUAUCCACAGAGAGGUACAGCUCAUCCGAGUUGAGGUCAAAAGGCUUCGUGAGCAGAACUCCCGCAUGCUCCACGGAAACACUACCAUGAGCACAAUUAAAAAAGACUCCAACGUCAUAGGUGCAGACAUAAAGAAGAGGGCGGAGGGUGUCCUAGAACGCCUGCACAAAAUGGACGGAACAGCCCACAAAUUAGAGGUGGAGCACGGCGAAAAUUCCCCGAUCACCCGCAUCGCCCGAACCCAGUACGCGUGCCUCAGCAAUGGUUUUCGAGACGCCAUGUUUGACUACAACGAGGCGGAGAUGACCCACCGAGAGAACUGCAAAGCCCAGAUCAUGAGGCAGAUGGAGAUCGUUGGGCGCGACGUGACGGGCGAAGAUGUGGAGGAGAUGAUCGAGAAGGGCCAGUGGAACAUCUUUACCGACAAUGUUGUGAGCGAAGGCAAGACGGCCCGAUCAGCCCUGUUCCAGAUCGAGAAGCGCCAUCAGGAGCUGUUAGAUCUGGAGAGCCGCAUCCAGGGAAUCCACGAGAUAUUCCUGGACAUUGCCGUGCUGGUGGAGGAGCAGGGCCCCAUGCUCGAUUACGUCCAAACGAAUGUUCAAAAAACCGACGAAGGCAUACAAGACGCCAUUGUCAAGCUUAAACUAGCUAAAAAGCAUGACGGCAACAACCCGUUCAAGAAAAUGUUCUGUGGCUGCUUUCCUUGCUAUAAGUAAGCGCGAGAACCACAUGAAAUGCAACGUUUUUUUGUGAAAUACAUUGUUGCAAAGCAAUGGACAACAUUAUUUUUGAAAGCUAAAUGAAGGUCUGAAAUGAAACAAGGAUCUCAAUUCCUGCAAUGGACAUGUGACAUGCUCAGGAUGGACACUUCCUCUCCCGCAGUGACUGACCCUGAGAAGGCUUAAGUGUAUAAAUAUAUAAUGAGAAAAGGUCUGCAUUGUUUUCAAUUCAUCAUUUUAUGAAUGGGGUGUGAUGCAAAUUAUUUAAAGCUAUCGUUAAUGUUCUUGCUUUAUUGUGUCAUGAUGACUAAGAUUGUUGUGUUUGACAAGUUACUCCGAAUAAACCUCCAUUAUAUACAAGCAAAAGGUGUAUGAUAGAUGGUGUAAAGACUAUAAGGUUUGUACAGCCUGAUUGUUCUUGGCUCAUUUUAAAGGUUUUAUGCAUUAAAUAAAUUUUAAGUCAUUGCUGAUCAACCAUAAGAAGAAAAUUGUAUCUGUAAUUGCUCACAUUCAACGUGUCUUUUGGCUGCAACAGUGAAUAAAAUAUUUAUGGUGCAAUCACAAUGGUUGUACAUAUUUUGAUUA